UAUGAAAAUGAAGAGUUGUUUAAUUGUUAAAUUUUUCAGCUUUAAUGUAAAUGGAAUAAUGGCGAGAAGUAAAGUCAUUUAUUGGGUCUGCGUUUUAUAAAGGUUCAUUGCGCAUUUGGGCUGUUGUAGCUAUGCUAGCUGUAUAAGAAUGUAUCUUAGACCAAUUGGAAGUUGAGAAUAAGGUACUUGAUAAUGGCACAGGCUCACAUCCGUUUGCCCAACCCGACCCAACCUGUGCCAAUCUUUAGAACAUCAGAGUCAGAGCCAUGGUCAUCCCCAACUGUGAAAGCGAAAAUGUAGAAAUUGGUGUAUGUCUCUACGUAGUCCUCGGCACGUCUACCAGGAGGGAACCAAAGAGGUGGGGGUGAACUCCAAACUUCAUUCCCACUUUUUUCUUUUUUUAUUUGUUUUUGUUUUUUUUUUUAUUUUUACUAUCCCCGAGAAAAACGUUGCUUGAUCAGCAUUUCACAAAAACAACAAACAAUUCAUAACUUUUAUUUCUUUAUAAUUCUGUUAUAUGUUACAAUUUUCACCCCUUUUAGCUCAUUCAGGUAUAAUUCUGUGCAAUAUCUUAAUUUUGUCCCAUUUUCAAUCUUAUUAUCUUUACUAGAUUUUGAUUUAUUUUAUUUCAUUUUAUUUUGUAGGUUCUCACAUUUUGGAAUUUCUGAUCUUCAAGAACAAAAAGGGGGCAUGAUUUAAUGCAAUAUUAUUGAAAUUUUGAUUGUAUGAUUUUUGUUGAAUCAUAUAAUAAUUUUAGGAUAAUAUUGUGUAGGAGAAAUUAUUAUUUGAUGAGAUGAAAAGAAGGAAAUGGGCGUGGAAUAGUAAUAAUUUGGUGAUUCAUGGAAAUGAGAAAACUCAAUUAUAUCAUUAUUUUGGUAGCAAUUUUGCUUUUUGCCUGUAGUUUCUUGGAAGGAGAAUGUUCUACCAGAAUAUAUCAUGGUAAUGAAUUUGAAUCUUGUCCACUGGAGCUUAAGAAACAAUGGGCAGAAUACAUGCAGAAAAGCUGCUCCAAAGAACUGACAGAAAUGAAGAAUGAACUCGGGGAAUGCAUCUUGUAUUUGUCAUUGAAAACUGGUGAAAUGAACAUUGGGUCAAGUAUAAUUUUGGCAAAGCAGAGGCCUCAUGGGACCUUGACUUCCUUGCAGUCCAGUCUCCAAGAACUUGUAUUGGGUUGUGUAAGAAAGAAUCACCAUCUAUUUCGUGGUUUGAGUGAACAAGAUGGUUGUAGUCGUAAUGCUAAACUGCAUUCUCAUCAGUAUAGUUUUCCUAGAAGAUAUCUGGCUGAGAAAUCUUCUAAAGUUGCUUCCAGUACUGCUGCUAGUCCAACACCAGAUAUAUUUGAUGACCCAAUUAUCAUACCACCUGAUUUGCUUUAUCCAUCACCACCACCUAUGAAAGUUGAGGUUCCAGUAGCUACUUCAGGGAGGGAAGAACAUAACAAAAAGUUAAACAAAGUUAUAACUAUUGCUGCAUCAAUAGCAGGAACAGUUGUCAUUUUUGCCUUGCUAUUAUUUUGUUGCCUAAUGAGAGGUCACAACUGGGUUGCAGAUGGGCCGAAAGAUGACAGACCUCUUCUGACAUUGAGUUCAAGUGACUAUUCAGCUGGCUCUUCAAUGAGUUCUGACAUUAAGGAUAGUGGAAGAAAUACAUCUUUCAACGACUCAAAUCUAAAACAAGAGGGAUUUGGUGGUCCCCUAGCUGGAAUUCCAGAAAAUGGUUCUACAAAUACUGAAGGAUUGUCUUACCAGAAACUUACUCCUGAAAAAGCAAGUCAUCCUCCUGCCCCAGCACCUCCACCACCUCCACCACCAAAGCCUAAACCUCAGCCUCCACCACCACCAAAAGGUGUUAAACCUCCUCCUGCGCCUCCAAAAGCAGGUGGUAAAGGACCUCCAAGUCGUGGACGAUCAGCUUCUGGUGAUGGUAGUGACCCUACAAAUGAUCCUGAUGCCCCUAAAACAAAGCUAAAGCCAUUCUUCUGGGAUAAAGUGGUCGGUAACCCUGAGCAGUCAAUGGUGUGGGAUGAAAUUCGAUCAGGAUCGUUCCAGUUCAACGAAGAGAUGAUAGAAUCUCUGUUUGGAUAUAAUCCUGAUAACAAACGGAAUGCUGGGAAUAGGAAUCAGUCAAAUGAUGCUUCUCAACCACAAUAUAUACAGAUAAUUGAUCCAAAGAAGUCUCAAAACUUAUCCAUCCUUCUUAAAGCACUUAACGUAACAACAGAGGAAGUUCGCGAUGCCCUUUUGGAAGGGAACAAGCUUCCAACAGAGCUUUUGCAAACAUUGCUGAGAAUGGCACCAACACAAGAAGAAGAACUAAAGCUUCGAAUAUUCAGUGGUGAUACUUCUCAACUUGGACCUGCAGAAAGAUUCUUAAAAGUAAUGGUAGAUAUUCCCUUUGCUUUUAAAAGGAUGGAUUCACUGAUGUUCAUGAUGACUUUCAAGGAAGAAGUUUCCAAUAUUAAAGAGUCCUUUGCUACAUUGGAGGUGGCUUGCGAUGACCUCAAAAAGAGUAGACUAUUUCUAAAACUCUUGGAAGCUGUUCUGAAAACAGGCAACCGUAUGAACGAUGGCACCUAUCGAGGGGGGGCUCAGGCAUUCAAACUUGAUACCCUCUUGAAACUUGCUGAUGUAAAAGGAACAGAUGGCAAGACCACAUUGUUGCACUUUGUUGUUCAAGAGAUAAUACGAUCAGAAGGCUUGAAAGCUAUGCGUGCUGCAAAAGAUAACCGCAGUGUGUCUAGCAUGAAGACUGAUGAUUCUGUUGAGGAUCCUACCUUUGAUCCAUCAGAACAGUACCAGACUCUUGGCCUUCAAGUUGUGUCAGGUAUAAGCAGCGAACUUGAAAAUGUAAAAAAGGCAGCAAUUAUCGACAAUGAUGUGCUUACGUCAACAGUGUCUAAGCUUGGUCAGUCAAUAACGAAAAUAAAAAAUUUCUUAAACAAUGAGAUGGGUACUCCUGAGGAAGAGACUGGGUUCUAUCAGGCUCUUGUAAGUUUUGUAGAGCAUUCAGAAGGUGAGGCAACAUGGCUACAAGAAGAAGAAAAAAGAAUAUCAGAUUUGGUGAGGAAAACAGCAGACUAUUUCCAUGGAUCAAAUGCUGGAAGAGAAGAAGGCUUGCGUUUGUUCAGUAUUGUGCGCGACUUUCUCUUAAUGCUGGAUAAGAUUUGUACAGAAUUGAGGCAAUCUGCAAGGUUAUCAAGAAACUCCAGCAAGGAAUCUUCCCUCAAAAGACCUGCUCUAGAUCAGCAUCAAUCCAUACAGGAUAUGCGGCAGAAAUUAUUUCCUGCAAUAGCUGAUAGACGUGUGGACUCCAGUUCAGAUUCAGACGAUGAUUGAUUAGAAGAGCAUCGCGGUAGAUAUACUAGAUUUUCAUCUAAAAUUGACUUAUUUUUUGUCUAUAGAGUUAUUUGUUUGUGAUCUAGUUGAAUAUUAAUAGUUUUUAAAAAAAUUUAAUUCAAUCUUAUAGAUUCUGAGAAUUGUAUGUAUAUAUAUUGUCAACUGUUUUGUGUUUGUAUUUAUGCUGAAUUUCCCUUUUUGACGGGGGUGUGCUUGGCAGUAGAGUAGUAUUAUGAUCCUUAACAAAGUUAAACAACGAUUCGGACUAUUAAUAUAUUUUUUUUGUCUC